AUGUCUACAGGAAUUAAACCCACAAAACUUUCGACAGUAAAUAAUUCUGUCAGCUUUACAGAUAUAAUCAAAGGCACUUUUGUGGUUGCUGUGUUUUACAGAUUAUUGAACUUUAUCAAAAAUAUCAAUCUUUAUAGCGUAUUCGCUUACAACGGAAAAAUCGCAGAAGCUCCAAAGCCAAAAAAGAAACUCUCGAAGAAGAAAACCUCUAAACAAAAUCAACAAAAGGCCUUGUUUCCAACUGCUAUCAAUGUUGACCAAUCCUUAAAAGACUGCUCUUCCGUCACUCCUUGUUCAACUUCAUUUGGUGCUUCUUUUGUUGCUGUGAAGUCCGAAGAAGGGGAAAUUAAUUGGAACUUGGCUGAUGCUGACGAGACUCCAAAUUCCCAGAAUGGAGAUUUCUUCAAGAAAGAAGACAAGGAAGGUAAUGUCAUGGAGUUGCCUGACUUCAUGAACAAUUCUGCUACCUGCUCUACUGCUUCUGAUGCUUCUCCUAUGUCGCAUUAUAAUGAAAAUGGAAGCACAGACAAACUCCAGACCAUCCCAACUUAUCAUUUUCAAAAUAUCGGCAAAGAUGCUAAUGAUAACAACCAAUAUAGAAAUUCUUUAAUCAGCUCCGAUAAUGAUUCUUUGAACGAAAUUGAUUUAGAUCAAUUGGCCAGCUUUGCUAAUUUUGGUGAUUUUGGUAUGAAACAAGAAAACGCUAUUGCUGCUAUGCCACAGCAAUCUGAUAACACUGCUCCUCAAGAUUCCAAUUUGAAGACCCCAACUUUGAACCUGCAUCCUGAACAAUCAUCAGUCCCUGAAAUUGCUACCCCUGAAUUGAAACAACAAUCCAAAUCCGAAUCAAACACCCCAAACAAGUUGGGUACCCCUCACUCCAGUGUAUCUUCUUCUCCAGACAUUGAUGGUGUGGAUUAUACAUUCUCUAAAUCUAUUUUAAGUGGUGUUGAUGCAUCUACCAAAUUGCUUCAUGAAGACGAGUUGGAUGAUGACACUUCUCUCGGUGAUGAAGAUUCUGAUAAAGAAAAAGAUGAAUCUUCUUUUGCUUCUGGAGUGUCAUCUUCAACUAAGAAGAACCCUGCAAAGUCUCAUGCUUGUCCAUUCUGCCCUGCUGAAUUCAGAAUCCGUGGCUAUUUGACUCGUCAUAUAAAGAAACACGCAAUCCAAAAGGCUUACUCUUGUCCAUUUUUCAAUGCAAAUGUUGAACAUAAGUGUCAUCCAAAUGGUGGUUUCUCCAGAAGAGAUACUUACAAAACUCAUUUGAAAGCUAGACACUUCAGAUAUCCCCCAGGUACCAGAUCUCAAGAUCGUUGCAAUGUUGGUGGUAAGUGUGCUGUUUGUGGUGCUACAUUUGAAAGCAAUGAAAACUGGGUUGAAAAUCAUAUUGAAAAUGGUGCUUGUCCUGGCUUGCCAGCUGGUUAUCAAUGCAGAUCUUCUGGCGGAAGAAGAAAGAAGAAUAGCAAGAAUAAGUACGGUAUGAUGAGCCACCAUGGUUUGAUUGACAUGUCCCCAUCCAGUGCCGGUGUUGGUAUUCAAGGUAAUGGUACUUGCUUUGACAAUAUGAAUGCUUACCAAUUUUAUGAGCAACAGCAACAACAGCAACAGCAAAUGCAACAAUUACAACAAAUGCAACAAAUGCAACAAUCCCAGUUAUUCCCAAAUGGUGAUAUUGUUCAAAGAUCUAUUUCCCCAUUAGAUGGAUUAUACCAACAACGUAUCAAUCAACAGCAAUAUGUGCCACAGCAACCACGCCACCAUAGUAGCUCUAGCAAUGGUUCAAAAUUGCCACAACACAUGUUUGAAAUGCCAACUCCAGCUCAACAACAACAACAGGCUGCCGCGUUCCAACAUGCCAAAGAGGCUGCUAUGGCUGCUGCCCAAAUGAACAACCAGCUUCAGCAAAAACAGUCUCCUCCGCAAUUUGUGGUUGAAGAUGAAGAAUUCAUUGCCUUGGCUGACGAAUAUGCAGCAAGCUAUGAUAACGCUUCUAACAAUGUCAAUGUUCCUGUUAAUGCACAAAAUGUAUAUUCUAAUGAAGAGGAAAAUCAUUUUUCUUUAGAUAACGAAUUGCUUGAUUUUGGGACUCAAAAUUUUGAUUUCAAUCAAGCUAAUCAAUUCACUCAACAACAGCAACAUCAACAUCAACAUCAACACCAACAUCAACAUCAACAUCAACAUCAACACGAUCAUCAAGCUCAAAUUCAGAAUGGUGGCCAAAUGGGGUUCUAUGAUAUGAAUGGUAGUACUGCUUUUGCGAUGUACCAACAAAGCAAUUAUUGA